GCAAGAGAAAAGAAGACCAACUAAGCAUCAGCAAGGUUAUAAAUUGGCAAAGUUGGAGGAGAAGCUCAAGUAGAAGCAGCUGAAAGUCCUGAAGCAACAGCAACAAAAAAAAAUUGUCCCAGAGAUGACUGCAUCCAUGGCCACACUAAAGGAGACCUACAACAGGGAGGGAUACCUCUCAGCGCUGCCCAUAUUGAGUGAGACUGAGCUGAGGGAGGCCCGGCAGGCUUUCUCUGAGCUGGAGAAGGAAUUUGGUGAGGAGUACACCCAGUACAGCCUCCAUAAUGUUCACCUUCAGUACCAGUGGGUGAUGGGCCUGGCUAAACAUCCCAGAGUCCUACAGGUGGUCCAAGCCGUCCUGGGCGAUGAUGUCAUCCUGCUUGACUCACGCUUCAUUUGUAAAUACCCAGCGCUCAAGGCCAACAUCCCUUCCAAGCAUGCAGAUGACAGCAUCGUGACCUCUGAGGAAGAAGAAGUGAAAGAAGACAUGACUACACAAGAGAAUGGGCUCCCAUAUGUAGCCUGGCAUCAGGAUAUGAGGUAUUGGGGUAUCGCUGGUGGUCCUGUUCUGUCUGUGUGGCUGGCUUUAGAUGACUCACUGAAGGAGAACGGUGCCCUACAGGUCAUUCCAGGCAGCCACGACUCUGGCAUGCUGCCCCAUCGCCUAGCAGUCAUGCCUGGCAACAUGCUAUCAGUCAAUCAGGAGAUCCCAGAGGAACUGGUGGAGCCGGAGAAGGCUGUGCUUUGUCCCCUGUUAGCCGGGCAGAUGUCGGUUCAUGAUGGACUCCUGGUCCAUGCCAGUGAUCCAAACACAUCCCAAAAAAGGCGCUGUGGCUAUGUGAUCCGUUAUGUCCCCACCUGCGCAUACCCCAUACAGGACCCUGACAGGCCUAGAAAAUUCCAUGCGACGAUGCUGGUCAGUGGAACGGAUCAGUUCAAGAAUUUCUCCGACAAAAGCCUGUGAAUAUCAGCUGGAUUCCCUCUGCUUGCUGUGCUACUGCUUUUCUACUACCUUUACUGCUUCAAACAAAUGACAGUUCUAUGUUUACGAAUAAUGCUGUUUGUCAAAUGUCUUUUAAUGUGAACUGCAGAUCUAUAGCAACACUGACAUCAAGUAAUUCUAGCAAUGUGAUCAGGUCUUGAAAUGAAUCUACUGUGAAACGACUGGUGAUUAAUAAAAUUUAGUGCUAAUGUA